GGAAUGGAUUCAGGAAGUCAUUCACUUACCUUAGGAAGGCUAUAUGCAUGGGAAAAGAAGCUCUAUGAAGAAGUUAAGGCUGGAGACAUGACACGGAAGCUUUAUGAGAAAAAAUGCUCGCGUCUUAAACAUCAGGAUGUCAGAGGAGAUGAUGAACUGACCACAGACAAAACUCGAGCUGCAGUGAAAGAUUUAUACGCUAGGAUCUUGGUUGCAAUUCGGAGUGCCGAGUCAAUCAGCAAGAGAAUCCAGAUUCUGAGAGAUGAAGAACUGCAGCCCCAAAUUGUUGAACUGUUGAAAGGGUAUGGAAGUUAACAGAUACAA